GUUCAGCUCUUCUUCAUCUACAGAAGCUCCUCAGACUCCUCCUGCACGGACAGCCAUGGUUCUCAGUGGAACUCUAAGAGUGGUCCUGCUCUGUCUCCUCUCUCUCUGUCUGAGAGGAACUGAAGCUCAGCUGGUGGAUCAGAACAAUCUGGCUCGCAUCAUCCGUCACAUUCAGACCCGUUACAGUCCAGGUGGACAGUAUGCAGUGGCCAUCAACAUCCCACGUCAUCUCUGUACUGGACGCUUCAGUUAUGAGGAAUUGAGGAAUGCUCUUAACAAUGAUCAGCCAAACAAUGUGAGAAAUAACUUGAGAAAUAACUCAAUCUAUAAUGGGCAACGGAUGAUUGCUGCAACCAGAAUAGAAGAUCCCAACAACAUUGACCAAAAUACAACUCAGCACCCCUUCUUCCACUCUGAGUACCUUCUGCUGAUUAAUUCUAAUCCAUUAGGGGUACGUCCCAAUGUUCCACUCAUGCAGGCUCUCCUGAACAGAGACCCACAGGGCUGUGUGAUCUUCUACACCUACAACUCCCCCUGUACAGGAACCUGCUUAAAGAGGAACAGACCCCGUAACAUCCUCACUGCCCUCAACAUGAUUAGACGCCGCCCAGGCCCAAAAGCUUUCGUCUACAACAGGAUAUUUCAAAGAGAUCAAGGGAACCCUCAACUGGGGGUAAGGCUUAGGCAAAUAGAGGGAAACAAUAAUAACAGAUUUCUCUACCGCUGUAACCAAAAUGUGAUGAAUCCUCACUACACGUGUCGGCUUUGCUUCAAUGGAGCCACAACAGAUCCAGACUGCCUGAACUUAAGUUCACAAUCUGAUUGAUCACUGUGUGUGAAAUCCUGCUGUGCUUAAACUCUGUCGCUCACUCACUGAGUGAGAAUCACUCUUCUGCUCUUCUUCCUGCUCUCAUUGGUCUCUGGUCACUGAUCAUUACCAAUAAAUAAACUCAGCAAACUGCA